UAUCACUAGAUCCAGCACGAAACAAGUAUCAUGCACCAUCGGCUUAACUUGAUGAUCCUUCUUCGACAUUCGUAAAGCAGUUCAAACAACAUGGGUAAGCCUAGGGGUCUUCGCACUGCUCGCAAGCACGUUAAUCACAGACGUGAACAGCGAUGGAAUGAUAAGGACUACAAGAAGGCACACUUGGGAACCAGAUGGAAGGCCAACCCUUUUGGUGGUGCCUCUCAUGCGAAAGGCAUUGUUUUGGAAAAAGUAGGAGUAGAGGCUAAGCAGCCAAACUCUGCUAUCCGCAAAUGUGUCAGGGUGCAGUUGAUAAAGAAUGGCAAGAAAAUCACUGCUUUUGUACCAAGAGACGGUUGCCUCAACAAUAUUGAAGAAAACGAUGAAGUUCUGGUGGCAGGUUUCGGUCGUAAAGGUCAUGCCGUCGGUGAUAUACCAGGAGUACGGUUUAAGGUUGUGAAAGUAGCAAAUGUAUCCUUGCUGGCACUCUACAAGGAGAAGAAAGAAAGGCCCAGAUCUUAAAUCGUCAAUUUUCGAUGUAUUUAUAUUUUUAUGUAUAAAUUGUUUAAAA